GAGAGGAAUUCGCCAUGUCUCUGUUUGACCUGCUGCACGCCGUCGCUCUGCUGGUUCUCGCGCAGCAGGUGCUGAAAAUGCUCUGGAGUUGCUUCAACUGCUUCAAGGAGUAUUUUCUGUCUGAGAUUUGGAGAACGGAUGUGAGGAAGUUCGGGCGCUGGGCAGUCAUAACAGGUUCCACAUCUGGGAUCGGGAAAGCGUACGCCCUAGAGCUCGCCAAGAGAGGCCUAGACAUUGUUUUGGUGGGCAGAUCUGAGCAGAAGCUUCAGCAGGUUGCCAAAGAAAUCGAGGAAACGCACGGACGCAAGACCAUCUCCAUCCAAGUGGACUUCACUGAAGGAAAAAGCAUCUACCCAACAAUCGCUAAAGGAUUACAAGGCCUGGAGGUCGGAAUUCUGGUCAACAAUGUGGGAAUGACUUUCUCUGAGGGUUUUGAUCGGUUCCUCGACGUACCUGACCUUGAGCAGAGAAUCAACAACAUCACGGACGUGAACGUCCUGUCGGUGAUGCAGAUGACCAGAAUCGUGCUUCCCGGAAUGGUCGAGCGAGAGUCGGGACUGAUCAUCAACCUGUCGUCAAUAGCGGCAGUGAAACCUCAACCUCUGCUCGCCACCUACGCUGCUUCAAAGAUCUUCAUUACAUACUUCUCAGAAAGCCUGCACACGGAGUACAAGUCCAAAGGAAUCACAGUUCAGAAUGUGGCCCCUGGAUUGGUCUCCACCAACAUGACCAACAACAUUCCCAGAAGUUUCCUGGUGAAGGGCGCAGACGCAUUUGUGAGAGAAGCCUUGAACACUGUGGGCUACUCCAUGAGCACCAACGGCUGCUUCACCCACUUCAUACAGGUCAUCGUCUUCAAAUGCCUGUUCCCGGACGUGUUGCGACUCUCAACGUGGCACCUCAACAAGCAAAUUGAACUGGGCAGAAGGAAAGGAACAGGAGGCGAGAAAAGUCUCCGCAAGAAGGCGGAGUGAUUCCGCCAACCCACGUCUUUGGAAAACUCUCUGCCACCUUCAGGUUUCAUCGAAAAAGGUCCACUUGUUUAGCAAACUAGAAAGGAUGCAGCUUAAAAACUAACUUGCAGAGGACUUGGUUCGGGUCAGAACUGGAGCUAGCAGUCAGCCACGCGCCCCUACGCCCAUAUGAAUCAAACACCUCCUCAACUGCCCUUGUUCCUGGAGGUGGAGGGCUGUCCCAGCGACCUGGGGUGAGAGGCAGGGAACACUAUGCUGUAAAUGUUAUGUAAUAAAACUUUUCGACUGAAA